AUGGAUCAGCCGAAUGUGCCGAACAUGCCGAAAUGCCGGCCAUCGCGGGCGUGUGAGGUGUGUCACGAAAAGAAGAUUCGUUGCGAUCUUGUUGGAGAGCACCCUUGUACGCAUUGCCGCACUAAUGGCGUUACCUGCCGACCUCAUCAGCGCCAGCGCAAGCGCAAGCGAUCAAUUCCACCUCCCAGCGCACCAAGAGUAGCCAGGGGAGCCUCAGCUUCCAGAUAUGAUGCAGGUGAUCUGCAUGGUGGGCAGAUCUCACAUUUGACCAAUCACCAAAAUGAUUUGCCCUCAACAUCCCAAAUGCAAGGGGCCGAGGGACCCUCCAAUCUGGCGCCUGCUCCAGAAGUUGAGCCUGAAAGUUCAGCUAACUCACCUGUGCCUGAGGGCCAGGAUGGGCUCGAGAAAGAAACCCCAGGUAGUCAGGGCUAUCUUGGACGGUCAGAGUACCUUGGCUUAGCUGCACCGCAACCGAAUGAAAUUUCAAGCGUACAAGACACCGGAAGCUGUGUCCGGCUUACGGAGGAAGAGAGAGCUGUUCUCGACAUCUACCGGGCGUUUGAGUUGCCUCCACUCGCUGUGCAACGUUCGCUCAUCGACAGUUUUGAGAUGUACUGUGCGCCUUGGAUGCCAAUAUUGGAGACCAGGCACCUCCAAAAUCCAAGCUCACUAUCUAUACUCCUCUUGCAAAGUGUGUUCGUUGCUGGAAGCCGGGUAGCAGCAGCAGCUCAUAUAUCUGCUUCUUCGGAAACGUACUAUCGACGCGCCAAAGCCUUAUUUUUUAGCAACUACGAGCCGAAUCCUGUUAUCAAAAUCGCUGCGGCCUGUUUGCUGAACUGGUGGAACCCACUUGGGCCCGACAAGGUAUCCCUAGAUGGGAGCGGGUUUUGGCUACGAGUUGCUGUAAGCCUUGCUUACCAGAUUGGCCUACACAAGGAGUCCACAAAUGGGAAAAAUCCUAGUUAUCGACGCAGACUUUGGUGGACACUGGUGGCCCGCGAUUCUCAGAUGUCGGCCGCGCAUGGUCGCCCGCGAGCGAUCAGUCUGGCUGAUUCGGACGUUGCUUUGCCAUCCCCCCACGACUUUGUCAAUGUCCAUCAUGAUGGAGCGCUGUUUUCAGCUUAUGUGAAUAUCUCGUUGAUCCUCGGAGAUGUGACUGAGACUUAUCUCCGCCACCAAAUCACGGUUCCGAAGCAACGGAACUUCCGACACGCACUAUAUUGUUGGGUCAACGAAUUGCCGAGCAAUCUGCGCCUUUUCAGUCAAUCACACAAUGGGCAGUUAAACCCUUAUAAUCUGCGCACGCGCUCUCUACACGUCCCGUAUUUUGUCAUCUUGACAUUCCUCUAUCGAUCUGCAUCACCCCCAGACGUUCCCAUCACUAUCGCCGCUGUUGCAUCCUCCUUUCUCGCUGGUAUAUUUGAAGAGUUUCUCGCCCGUGAUGAGUUUCGCUUUCAAGCUCCCGUCUUCAAAUUCUACGCUUUUGCAGCGGGCAUGGCACAAGCACAUGCGCGAGCCUUUCUAUCUACUCCCUCGGAAACUCUUACCGAGGAGAGCGAGAUUGUCAAUACGUCACUAAUCGCGCUCGCUGUGCGUUGGUCUUCGGCCAAUGAUAACCUCCGAAUUCUUCAAAACGCCAACAAGAAGAUGACGGUGCAUCAGCAGAAGCCGAGUCUUUCCCCGCUAUCCAGUUCCCACGAAGCCCAUUCGCUUUUCAGUGCCUUGGGCCCUGAUCUGUGCCGUCUAUGGCACUUAAUUCAGCCAAAUUCCAGUUCUAGCAACACCCAAAUUGCCAUGAAGGCGGAUAUGCAAUGGGCAUCAAGUGGGGCAGGUGCCGUUUCGCAAGCACUUUGUCGAGUUUCAGGAGACCUGCCACCUAGCGUCUCUAGUCCUGGACUACAGCUAGGUCAAGGCAUUUCCUCAUCUGAUAUUUAUGGCUCCAUAUCUCUGAUAGAGCAGGCAGGUGCAAUUGGUACGACGGAGGAUGAAAAUUCGUUAUGGAGUUUGCCUAUAAUCGAGUCCAGUGGUAGCUGGCUGUUAGGACAGAUGCCGGGUGUCCUGUUCGAUGAGCCAUUGUAG